AUGUAUAUAUUUAAAGUAAUAUGGAAAAUGUCAAUAUAUGGAUGGAUUGUAUUUGAAUAUGUCUCAUCAUUAAUAUUAUUCUUAUUAUUUAUGAUAUUAAAUAUUCAAUUAAUAUCAUAUUCAAUAUUAAUGGGACAAUUAUUUAAUUCUUUUACUCGUUUAUUUUUCAUAACAAUAAUUCAAUGGAUAAUUAUAUUUAUAUUGUUAUAUGAAAAUCUUUCAUAUAUAUAUCAAAUAAUAUUAUGUAUAAAUCCAUUUUUUUCUUUAAUUUAUAUUCUUCGUUAUUUAUUUCAAUAUGAAAGAACAAUGAUUUAUGUUAAUUUAAAUAAAAAACUCUAUCGAUGGACACCUUUUUUAUCAAUUAUUUUACUUUUUAUUAUUUUAUCAAUUCAUUUUUGUUGGUUUCUUAUUUGGUAUUUUGAAAAAAUAUUUCCUGGUGAAUAUGGAAUUGGUUUAUCAUGGAAUUUUCCAUUUUCAAUUGAAUAUUGGAAAUCAAUAUUAUUAAAUAAAAAUAUCUCUGAUCAAAAUUUAAAAUAUUUAUCAUAUAAAUAUUCCGAUAAUGAAAAUAUUAUUAUUGUUCAAGUUGAAUCAAUUCGAAAAGAUUUUCCACAAACAAAUCGAACUGUUAUUAACAAUAUAUCAUUCAAUUUAUAUCAGAAUCAAAUAACUACUCUUAUUGGACAUAAUGGAGCUGGUAAAACAACAAUAAUGAAUAUGCUUUGUGGAAUAAUUGAACAAACGGAUGGAUCAAUUAAAAUCUGUAAUUAUGAUACAAGAUAUAAUAUGGAUUCUAUACGUAAAAUAAUAUCAUAUUGUCCACAAUAUGAUAUUUUAUUUGAUUUAUUAACUGUUGAAGAACAAAUUGAAUUUUAUGCAAUAGCACGAGGUUAUUCAUAUAAUAAAAGAAAUAUUUGUUCAAAUCUUCUUGAAUCAGUUAAUUUAACAAAUGAUCGAAAUAUGUUUUGUAAACAUUUAUCUGCUGGUAUGAAAAGACGUUUAUCAAUAGCCUUAGCAUUUAUUGGAGAAACAAUUUUUGUUUUACUUGAUGAACCAUCAAGUGGUCUUGAUCCAAUAAAUCGUCGUCAUUUAUGGAAUUGGAUUAAUUCAAUGAAAGAAAAUCGUACAAUAUUAUUGUCAACACAUAUAAUGGAAGAAGCAGAUGCAUUAUCUGAUAGAAUAAUAAUAUUAUCUAAUGGAAAUCUAUGUGCUAAUGAUAAAUCAAGUGAAUUAAAAAAAAAGUAUGGUAGUGGAUAUAAAUUAAUAUUAAAUACAGAUAAUGAUCAAUAUCAUAUUUAUUUAUUUGAUUUAAUUAAUAAAUAUUUAAACAAUUCAACAAUUGAAAUUGAAUCAAAUAAUCAAUUAAUUAUUCAAACAAAUCAACAAUCAUCGAAUUUAUUUAUUCAACUUUUAUAUCAACUUGAAAAUCUUAAAGAAAAUAAAAUUAUUUUAAAUUAUGGAUUAUCAAAUACAACAUUAGAUGAAGUAUUUCUUCGUAUAACAAAUGAUCAAUAUAAAAAUAGUGAAUUAAUUGAAGAAAAUGAAGAUUUUAUUGAAAAUAAUUGUUUUAAAAUAUUUAAUAAAAUAUUAAUUGAACAAGGUUAUGAUUAUUAUUUAAGUCAAUAUGAAGGUUUAUUUAUUAAAUCAAUUCGUAUUAUAUAUAGAAAAUCCAUAUUUAUAUUAUUUAUAUUAAUAAUUCCAUUUUUAUUUAAAUUAAUUCUUAAUAAAAAAAGAGAAUAUAAAACAAUUAUAAUUGAUAUUGAUAAUUGGUCUCAUUUAAAACAACAUAAUUUAUUUAUUGGAAUUAAUUCAAAUAAUAAAUAUAAUCAAGAUUUAUUUAAUUAUAUAUCAUCUAGAAUAAUUAAAUAUUCACCAUUAACCAAUAUUUAUAAAUUAACUAAUAUAACAAAUAUUCAACAACUUGAUUAUUUCUAUUGGAUGCGUCGUAAAUCUGAUUCAUUUUCAUAUUCAAAUGAAUAUAUUGGUUUAUUAUUUGAAAAAAAUGAAAUAAUAUCAAUAUUAACAUCACAUUUAAUUAUUGGUUAUGAACCAUUUAAUUUAAUUUCUGAUUAUAUUUGUCAAGAAAAAUGUUUUAUUAAAACGUAUUUUAAAUUUGUUGAAUAUAAUAUAAAUGAAUAUGAUAAAAAAUCAUUUUUAUUAUUUAUUGAAAAUUUAUCAUUAUUUAGUUGUUAUUAUGGAAUAUUACCAGGUCAAUUAACAGAAAUAUAUUUAUUAACAUAUUAUUUUAUUUUUUUUUAUAUAACAAUAUUAAUUAUUAAUGAAGAUAAACAAUUAAAUAAAUUAAUGAAAACAUUUGGUUUACAUCCAAUUAUUUAUUGGACAUCGAGAUUUUUUUUAGAUUUUUUUUUAACAAUUAUUUAUUCAUUUUAUCUUUUAUUUAUUUAUUCAUUAAAUGAUCAUUUUAAUCAAUUUAAUCAAAACAAAUUUCAACAAAUUAUUUAUUAUAAUAAUAUUAAAAUUAAAUUUUUUUUUUAUUCAAUUACUUUUAUUAUAUCAGCUUCAACAUUACCUUUUAUUUAUCUUAUAACAAAAAUAAUGAAAAAUGAUUUAAUUGCUGGUUUAUUUAUAUUAUUCUUAUUAAUAUUAAUUGAAGUAUUUGAUAUAAUUCGUAUAUUAAUAAUGAUAAUGAUGAAAUAUUCAGUUAAAUUAAAUAUAAUUUAUUGGUUAAUAAAUAUAAUAUUUCCUUCAUUAAAUGGAAAACGUUUAAUAUCAAUAUUAUUAUUAAAAUCAUCAAAAAAUCUAUGUAAAUUAAUUGAAAAUGAUAAAUAUAUAUUAUCAAAAAUGGGAUUUAAUCAAGAAAUAAAUAAUAAUGAUUUUAUUAAAUAUUUAUUUAUUUUUUUAAUUCAAAUAAUAUUAUUAUUUUUUAUUUUAUUAUUAAUUGAUACAAAUAUAUUAAAUGAUAAAAUAAAUAAAUUAAUAUAUAAACAAAAUAAUUAUUUAAAUCAACAAGACGAAGAAGAAGAAGAAGAAGAAGAAAUUGAUGAUGAUAAUGAUAAUGAUAAUGAUGAUGAUGAUGACGAUGAUGUUUUAGAAGAAAGAAUUAAAUUAAUAUCAAAUAAAAAUUUCUCAUUAUAUCCAAUUGUUUUAUAUGAUAUUGUUAAAAAAUAUCCUUAUCAACAAUAUUUAUCUAUUAAUCAUCUUUAUUGUUCUAUUCAACAAGGAGAAUGUUUUGGUCUUCUUGGAUUUAAUGGAGCUGGUAAAACAUCAUUAUUUAAAAUAAUUGUUGGUGAAGAAAUGGCUACAAAUGGUUCAAUAUAUAUAUAUGGAGAAAAGUCAACAAAUAAAUAUUGUCGAUUAAAUCGAGAUAUUGGAUAUUGUCCACAAUAUGAUUGUAUUCAAGAUAAAUUAACAGUAGAAGAUUAUUUUUAUUUAUUUGGACGUUUACGUGGAAUAUCGAAUUAUUAUCUUAAACAAACAAUUGAUAUUAUUUCAAAUUUAUUUUUACUUGACUCAUUUAAUAAACAAUAUGUUAAAGAAUUAAGUGGGGGAACUCGAAGAAGAAUGCAUGCUGCUCUUGCUUUUCUUGGACCACCAAAUAUUAUUCUUCUCGAUGAACCAACAACAGGUGUUGAUCCAUAUAGUCGUCGUCAAAUGCGUCGUAUAUUUGAAUAUGGUAUUAAUAAUAAUAUAACAAUGAUAUUAACAUCACAUUCAAUGGAAGAAUGUGAAUUAUUAUGUUCACGUAUUGGAAUAAUGUCAAAUGGAAAAUUUAAAUGUUUUGGAUAUAUUCAAGAUUUAAAAAAUAAAUUUGGAAAUGGUUAUACAAUUAAUAUUAAAAUAAAUAAUAAUAAGAAUAAUCAGAAUAAUUAUUUAUAUUAUUUAUAUUUAUAUUUUAAAAAAAAAUUUCCUACUAAAAUCUAUCAUAAAACAGAAUCAACUAUUAUUUUACAAGUUAAUUAUUCAUCACCAGCUAUAUUAUUUGAUUUAAUUGAAAAAAUAAAACAUAUUUAUCAUAUUGAUACAUUUAUUAUUCAACAAACAACAUUAGAACAAUUAUUUAUUUCUUUACAAUAUUAA